AGGCAGUCCAGCAUUCCAUUUGCUAGGUACAUUAGGUUUAUACCUACUCGUCGUACUCAAUAAAAAUGCUAGAACAGCCAGUGUGCCUCAUACUGCGAUGGGCUACACAAAUCGAAUGAUUUCGAGAUGAUCAUUGAUGAUUGUAGAGGAAUUCGUCAUUACAACCCAGAUCUACAUUCUCAACGCAGUCCAUCAUCUUAUCGCUAACAAUAAAUCAAAUUCCUUGGAAAUAUUCUCUUCAUAUCUUAUCUUAGCAAACCAGCUUUCCUCCUCCUACACCCCUGCUUCCCCUAACCUCACCCCUGCUUUACCUGUCACCUACUACACCUACAGAGCAUGUCACCUGCUUCCCUGGAGUGGCUUGAUGCUCAAGCUUGAUCACCUCCCCUGAAAUGCUUAUUCACCAAAUAAGAACAACCUUAAAAAUAUUUCAACUUCAAUUGAAUCUUACAUAUGAACAAUUCCUUCCAAUGUCUACCUCGAAUAAAACCA